UUAUCUGAGCGCGACUCAGGGCGAUUGUGACGGCAGAGGUGCAGAGCCCGGAUAGGUAGGCUUAUCUUGAUUGACAGUCGCGCUCGCGCUCGGUAGUAGAUUCAGAGCGCUGUAGCUUGGCGCUGUCCACACGAGAGCAGGUUCUGAAACGCGCCGUGAGCUCGUGCAGUGAUUGCGCGGUGAGGACGGAGGAUCGGGCACUGCUUCUCGCCGACGGAGCGCUCACACGGGAAGAACAUCCGACGCGACCAGACCGACAAAUUACACUACCUUAUCAGACAUCUGAGACUUUCCGUGGAUUUUUACGCACUGGUUCAAAACUUGAUAAACCCAGUUUUCUUCUUCAGGACAUUUCUUGGACAUUUUUUUUCAAGUUAAAAUUCUUCGCGCAAUGGCUGUUUUUUAUUUUCUAUUUAACUUUGGCAAACAUUUUGAUUCGGGGUUCAUACCACGUACUUUGUAAUCUCAUAAAUCCACGGUCGUAUGUCUUUUGUUUGGGGAUCUUCGUGUUGUCGGAGUUAACCUGCAUUUUGUUUCUUUCUAAAAAGAGAGUCUGAGAACGCGUUUUGGGCGAUCAGAAGAUCAAGAUGCAAGGAAACGCAAGGUUUACGUGAAGAUACGACGGACAUGAAAUAAAUGAGUUGGUUUGUCAGAAACCUCACCCGGAUUGUACAGACCCCUGUUAGAGACGCGCUCUGACAGUGCGAACCUCAGUCACAGUUCACGGGUCACGGUCAGUGGAGCGAGGAUGUCAAGAUAGAGCUUGGAAACGAGACUUCUACAUUUUUAUCUAAAGCUUAAGACUGUUCGGACUAAUAUUACAAAUUGUAGAUAUCGCCAGGACUUUUUCUUGAAAUUCAGUUUUUGUGAAUCCCAGCUGAUGUCUGAGUUGGUUCACCCUGGAUGUUGGGCCGCAGAAGCAGUUGUGUGAUCCUGCAUGGUUGUACCCUGACCGCCCAUUUACAUUUUUUGUUGAUUAAUUAAUGUUGAAUCAGAUAAAUUGUUAUUUAUGAAUGACCUCUUUUCCUUUACCCCGGUGAGAAUCACAAAAUCUAUUUACGUAUAUUCUUCUGUUCUUGACCUUAGGCCUUAUAGGGGCUUCAGGUUCAAUAGUUUAUUUUCCAAACAAAGUUUCUGUGGACUUCCACACAGCUGAAACUGUUUAAGAGAAACAUUUCCGAGCAGAGAGGACAGAAUACACACGCAGAAACCUUUGAAAGAGCAAGAAAAGGACAUUCUAAACUUUUUGGUGUUUUUUUCACUGGAAGGCCUGUUCUACUGACCGAUGGAAAUCCACUGCAAACACGACCCGUUCGCAGCGAUGCACAGGCAUGGAGGGGUGAAUCAGCUGGGUGGGGUGUUUGUAAACGGGCGUCCCUUGCCUGACGUGGUGAGGCAGAGGAUAGUAGAGUUGGCCCAUCAGGGCGUACGUCCGUGUGACAUCUCCCGCCAGCUCCGGGUCAGCCACGGCUGCGUCAGCAAGAUACUGGGCAGGUACUAUGAGACAGGCAGCAUCAGACCUGGGGUGAUCGGAGGCUCCAAACCAAAGGUUGCUACACCCAAAGUCGUGGACAAAAUCGCUGAUUACAAACGCCAAAACCCCACCAUGUUUGCCUGGGAGAUCCGAGACAGACUGCUGGCAGAGAGAGUGUGUGACAAUGACAGCGUGCCCAGCGUCAGCUCAAUCAACAGGAUCAUUCGCACUAAAGUCCAGCAACCACCCGGCCAAUCAGGACCUCUCUCUGCCCAUAACUUAGCCUCUACAGUGGCAGUGACCCAGGUAUCUGCAGUAACCAGUGAUGCUGCAGGCUCCUCCUACUCCAUCAGUGGGAUUCUGGGAAUCAGCUCACCUGCCGACGCAAACAAACGAAAGAGAGAUGAAACUCUACAGGAUUCUCCUUUGGCGAAUGGCCACGCCCACUCAGGCCGGGACUUCCUACGGAAGCAAAUGCGAGGAGAGCUCUUUACACCACAGCAGCUCGAGGUAUUGGACCAUGUCUUUGAUCGACAGCCAUAUCCCGACAUUUACCCCGUCCCUGACAGCAGCAGCUACAAGGCCGCCCAGACAUCCGAUUACUCGGCUAUGGCAUCUUUGGCUGGCGGACUGGAGGAGAUGAAGAACAGUUUGGCCAAUCAGACGGGAGCAGAACUGGGUUCCAGUGUUGCAGGGCCUCAAUCGUAUCCACUUGUGUCUGGUCGCGACCUGGCCAGCACCACGCUCCCUGGUUACCCUCCUCAUGUUCCUCCAACUGGGCAGGGUAGUUACUCCACACCCUCCCUCACAGGGAUGGUACCUGGAGGAGAUUUCUCUGGCAGUCCUUAUUCCCAUCCACAGUAUUCAACUUACAACGAAUCUUGGAGAUUUGCAAACCCCAGUCUACUAGUGUUCCAGCAGGAGUACGGUUCUUUACUGGGCUCGGAGAGAGCAGCUUCAUCAGGUCUGUUCCCUGGCCAAACCCCACAACCUACAGGAUCUCCAUACUACUAUAGCGCAGCCACACGGGGAGCAGGAACAGCUGCCACAGCUACUGCCACUGCCUAUGACCGCCACUGACCAGCCGGACAGAGCAGAGGAGGAACGGUGGAGGAGUGAGCCAAACGAAAAGAAAGAGGAGCGAGAACGGAUUGAUAGCAGCCACGCAAGACUGUCUAACUUAGGAGCAAAGAAACGAAGGCGGAGCAGGAAGGAGAAAGAAGAAAGAAAGAAGAGGUGACAAUGUUUUCCUGCCGAUUACAAUCAAUGGUCCAGUCAGUAGCUUCGACCGAUGUUUCUCAUUUCUGUUGAUUAGUGGAAAGUAUACACCCAAUCACCUGUAUUCCUGUGGUCUCGGCUCACACGAAAUCUGUUAUUGCUUUGAUUUAUCUUCUGUCAUUAAAGCCUUGCUUAUCCUAUCGUCUUUGCAUCUCUAUGCAGUCUGUUCUUAGAGAUGAUCAGGUGUUGGGAGUCGGUAUACCAGACAAUCUACUAGUGGCAGCUUGAGAUGACCUACGUACGUGAUUUGAGUUAAUUUUUGAGUCAUUUUUAUCCAAUGUGUGAAUGUGGCGUCAUAAUCUGUGGCGGGCUUAUUGUCUGUUAAAAACCAUGAAUUGUUUCGGAGAGAACCUAACGUAUCAAGUGAACGGGGAUUUAACAGAGUUGGACAGAUAACUCAGGUCGGAAUAUUGGCAUUAUUUACAUUCAAAUUAGCCAGCGUGAAGGACAGACCCAUUUCACUAUUGAUCAUGGGACGCGUCCGCUCGAAAAUGUAGCAUAAAUACGGAUGAGACUAUACUGGAAGAUGCGGCAAUCAGCCCUGAUGCAUAAGCACAAGAAUACUUGAGCCCUCUGUUGUAAUCUAGGAACCAUUUAGACAUAAUGGACUCCUUAUAAACCGAAUUACACGACAAAUGGGACUGUUUUGUGUAAUAUGUUGGAAAAGUGCAGCAGGAUUUAAAUGUUUAAGCACUGUCGCAUUGAACGAGAGCAUCAGUAUUUUAAAAGACUCCUCUCCUUCCUCUAUGUAGAUAAAUACUAUUUACGUACGUACUGAAUACCCUUAUUCAACUGUACAUUAGUAAGAGUUAUAGCUAUUUAUGAUGGAGAGUAAUAUAUAUAAUUGUGUGUAAAAGUUUACCGCGGACAAAUGCUACAAUGCUACUGCUAGCUAAAGAUGUUGCCGUUGAAUACGUAGCUGGUUCUCUUUUUAAACCCCCGAUGUUUCAUUCCAAAAACAAAUCAGUUGCAAUUAAAAAGCACUGGCAAGCUUUUGUGAAGUUGCUCCAUUUUAGAAGGGGAAAACCAUUAGCGAUGCUACUUCCCCUAACAGGAAGUGAUGUCACACUGUCUGUCCCUUCAAAUCAUUUCCUUAGCCUCCCCAAAGAUACUCUUCAGUAGUGCAAAUAGACACUCUUAAAAGCACAAAGUGACAAUUUUUUUUUUUUCACGCUAUUUCUCUCUGAGUGCAUUUGUUUUUGAUUAUUCCCUUCAUCCAUACUGCGCCAAGACAAUGCAUGAGACCAAGGUGGAGGCCUUACCAAACUCUCUAUGUAGCAACAUCAUGCUGUACAUCCUUCCUGUUUGUCUGUCUGAGAUAUCCUGUACAUCUAUCACUUACAAUGACAAGAGCUUUUGAUAUCAUUAUUGACUGAUAUAUUGAUAUCUAACUUUAGAUUCUAGUAGACAAGAAAAGACUAAAAGUGUGCUUUAUUUAGCUAUUGUCCGUGAUGAGUGUUUCCAGUUCUUAAUUUUCUUGCUUUUUUUUUCAAUACGCUGUGCAUUGCUGAGUAGCUUUCGAAAAAGCAGAACACUGUAGUUUUAGUAGUGAGACACAAGCACCAAAAUUUGAUGUGAAAUGAGAAAAAAAUGACAAACCUAUGAAUAUAUACAUAUAUAAGUUGAUAGUUUUUAUGUUGUUGCUCUGGAUUGUAAAGUAGUAAUAGGAUUACAUUUGUUUGUAGAGACCAUAAGUUGCAUGUUAUGCAACUCUAAAGAAACCCUUGAUGCCGUUUCACCACUAAUGACUACUGGUGAACUUUGACCUUUUAAACUUUUAGUCAGAGGCAUUAUGAACCUGAAAUACACCAGCUGAAAUCAAGGACAGUGCCUUUAUUUUUCUACCGAGUCAUCCAGAAUGACCAUGUGUCACUAAAUUGCAAAAUUGUCUGCAUGACAUAAUGAGAUCACAGCUUAAACCAACCAAUCAACGAACAGAUACUACACUACCAAUCAUUUUAGCAGCAUUUUUUUUACAUGCUAAUUUUACAAUCUAAUUAAAACCCAUUUCAUAUCCACUAAUAUGCACCUAUUUAAUAUUUAACAUCAAGGUAGAAACAAGUAUCCUUUAUAAAACAAUGAUCUAUCAUUGACGAUAUAAAACAGAAAUCUAAAAACAACGAUUCAAUAAAAGAUUUAGUCAAAAUUCACAUAUUCAGAGACCCAACUUAUCUAUAUGACAUGAUGGAACAAUAAACUCCUGAUGGUAAUUCCAUUCUCUUAAAGGGAAAGUUCACCCAAAUAUAUGAACCCUCAUCAUUUACUCAACCAAAUGGUAUUCCAAAUGGUUUCACUGGACCACACUGACUUUGAUUGUAUGGACAAUAAAAACAGGGACAAUACAUUUUUCAAAAUGACGUCUUUUGUGUUUCAAAGAAGAAAACAUGCAUAUAGGUUUGGAACAUUAUGAGUGGAUUUUGGGUGAACUAUUCCUUCAAGCACUGAAAAUGAAUAUUAGAUUAACUGUAAAAGGGAUUGUCUUGUCAUUUAUAUAAAUAUAUAUUUAAAUGGACGUUCUGGGUGUUCCUGUUGGAUUAAUGUAGAGAGAUACAAAUGAAAAACACACACAGUCCUUUUGUCCUUCGUCAGGUCGUGAAUAUGCCACACCUCUCCAUUGACAUGAUCAAAACGUGCUGCACCAGCAAAAUCGAACACCCCUUUCUCAUUUCGCAUCCCCUCUUAUUUCAAUUUCUUAUUUCCACCCCCACCACCAUUUAACUCCAUUUGCCUUUCUGGUGCACCUUUAAUCUGAUCAGAUCUUCCUAACCCCUUCCUUCAAUGCCAUCAGGAUUACAAAUUCUACAAAUUGGCUGUUGAUCACCUUUGUGUAAAUUCCCCAUUUUUUCUGAGAAGACUAUAGUUGCCAUAUUUCCUAUUUUUAUAUAUAGGAAAUAUACCAAAUUGUAUAACUAUUGUUUAAAAAGCACGUCACAAUAUUAGCAGUUAAUAAUAUAUAUGCAUCCAUGUUUUCCUUUGCACAUUUCAGUUUUUAAAACAACCUGCAUUUUAAGUUGUAAACAGCAUGCAUAAAAAAAAAAAAUUCUUGUUUUAGAUCACUGGCAGACAAAAGUGAUGUGACAUACAGCCAACGUAAAGGUAAAUUAAUUAGUACUAUUUUUCUCAGACUCUCUAAUUAAAAAAAGUGGCAAAAUAAAUACCCGGCUUUCAAUUAUACCUUAAAACAAAGUAAUUUACUGUCUAAAUAUGGUAUAGUAAUGACUUCAUAUUUAAAAUAUUUCUAAAGCAAAUGCUGAGCAUCAUAACUGAUACUCAUUCAUUCAGUGAACAGACCCCAAUUUAAUUUCAGCGUUCCAAUCUUUUCAUCUAUUCACAUCGAAAUAAAAUGAGAGCCAAAUACUAUAUGACUUCACUUUGUUUUCCAAAAAAAAAAAAAAAAUUCAAAUUUGGUUUAAAAUUCUAACACAGGAAUAUAUUAAGUAAUGUAUUGAUUCUAAAAGCGGUAUGUCCAGAUCAACAUUAAAGGUUUCCCAAUUUAAAAGGCAGACUUUAAGCAAAAUCAAUAAAUAAAUAAAAACAGAGGACUUGGUAAUCACCUUAUAGUGGCCUUCUGUGUACAAUCGGAAGCUCCAACUGUAAUUACUUGCUAAUAGUUUCUUUCCCAAGGGGUUCAUAAGUAUUUUUUACUCAGUUUUUGAAGUAAAGAGUAAAGAUUUUAAGAAAGCUUGAGACGUUUUGUCAAAUUUGAUAACAGCAAUCAGUUCAAUUCAAAGGAAACAGAAAAAGUCAGACCAAUAACAUAUCUGUAGCAUCCAUCCGAAGUUAGAGAUGCUUGGUUUAAAAGUAUUUUCUGGUGAUCAUUGCAAAAAUAUUCAAAUUAUGAAAUAACCAACAUGACAGAAAGAUGAAGGCAACAGAUGUUUGCAACGAGUAAAUGGAUGAACUGCUUCUUUAAGAAAUGUGUAUGUUUUUUAUUGAAUUUUCUAGUAGUAAAAAAAAAAAAAAAAAUCUUGGUGUUUUUCUCUGCGUGUCGUGCGUUGUCUUAAUAUUUGAAUGUAUUUACUGCAGAACAAAAUUUGCCAAAGAUAUCAUGCCACUUGAUUUCAAUCUUUUUUGGUUCUUCAUGACUUAUUUCUUGAUUUUAUUCAAAAUCUGUCCACAAGCUGGAAAUACAUGUGAUUUGAUAUUGAUUUUCUAAUGGAAUCAAAUUGUUAUUGUUAUAUUAUUAUUGUUAUGAUGAUGAUUUUUGUUUGUUUGUUUUCCUGUCGUUCAGGGUUAUUCAAUUGUCUGGCAUUCCUCCUAAUCCCUGAUACAGGGUCAUAGGCUACUCUGUGUAUGUGCAUAUGAGUGAAUGUUGUUUGUGUAUUAUCAAUUCACGUAUGUUGUAAUGUGAAACUAAGAAGUAAUUAUUUGUAAAUAUUGGCCAUAAUUUUAUUGGUUCAUCAGAAUAAAAGUAAUUUUUUAAGUU